AUGACUUUGCCGUCCAAGCAAGUCCCCAUUCCCCCCCGGGGCGUUGACUACCGGGGCAAGGUGGUUCUCGCGCCCAUGGUGCGCUCGGGGGAGCUGCCUUCGAGGUUGCUGGCCCUCGAGUAUGGCGCAGAUCUCGUCUGGGGGCCCGAAACCGUCGACCGCGCCAUGAUCGGGACGACCAAGCGCUUCAACCAACACUCCAAGACGAUUGAAUGGUGUCGCGAGAGCACCAUAUUCAAAAUCCUACCGGAAAAGGAGGCGAGUAGGCUUAUCUUCCAGAUGGGCACUGCGGACCCCGAGCGGGCGGUGCAGGCCGCGCGAAUGGUGGCGGAACACGUCGCCGGUAUCGAUGUCAACGCCGGGUGCCCCAAGCCCUUUAGCACGAGCGGCGGCAUGGGCGCGGCGUUGCUCAAGACGCCGGACAAGCUGUGCGCCAUCCUCGAAGCCCUGGUCCAGAACAUCACGCCCGAGCACGAGAUUGGCAUCAGCGUUAAAAUCCGCAUCCUCGAGACUGCCGCCGAGACCGAGGCCCUUGUCAGGAGGCUCUGCGCCACUGGCAUCACCGGCCUCACGGUCCACUGCCGGACGACGCCGAUGCGGCCGCGCGAGCGCGCAAUCCGGGACCAGCUGCGCAUGGUGGCCGAUGUCUGCCACGAGUUUGGCAUCGCCUGUCUGAUGAAUGGUGAUGUCGAGGACAGGGACCAGGGCCUCGAGCUGGCCGCCGAGUUUGGCGCGGACGGCGCCAUGAUUGCCACGGCGGCCGAGAAGAACCCGAGCUGCUUCAGGAGCCGGGCCCAGGGCGGCCUGCUUCCCUGGCUAGACGUGGUGGACAACUACCUGAAGACGAGCAUGACCGUGGAGAAUCGCUUCGGGAACUCAAAAUAUCUCCUGGCGCAGAUGAUCCCCGGUAAGGAGAAGCUCCACCAGCACGCCGCCCAGGGGAAAACGUACUCGGACAUGUGCCGGGUCUUAGGGCUCAACCACCUCGCUGAGCAGGCGCAGGAUGCCGAUGCCAGGCUAGGGCUCGACAAGCCACUGGAAAAGAAAAAGGCGUCGAAAAAGACCAAAGCCAACGCCAGCGCCUUGGCUGCCGGCGGCCAGAUGGGCCGCGCCAGAGAGCAAACUCAGCAGCGGAGGCCGUUAUCUGAGCGGAACGCCAGCGCGCAGCCACAGGCGGAGCGGGAGCUGGCUUCCGUGGCACCAGUUUGA